AUGGAAGAUGUUCCAGUAAUAUGGAUCCGUCUAAGAAUUUUCAUAGCGACAGUUGGGGUACUCGUCGGUCUGUCCGUUUUCUGUGUGUUCGGCCUGCAAUAUCAUAACUGGAAUGCCGCCGGUUGGGGACUGUUGUCGGGUAUCAUAGCCGCUGCAGCUUUAUUUGUGCAUAUCAACAGCAUGAGAGGAGUGUUCGACAAGACAAAUAACAGACUGAAAAUCUGGAUGUUGAUUGGGUGUUUUUCCCAGUUGAUGGGGAUUUGCGGAUUUGCCGUGUACCUUACCUUGGCUAUCGUCGGAAAACAAGGACUUCAGAUACAUGAUGAUGGCUAUUACCUGACGUUGGUGUGGUGCUUCAUGACUUGGAAGUGGGGUUUCUCACUCUUCUUCUAUUCCCGUUCUUACAAACGCUGUAUGGAAGAUGUCUCGCUCCAAUGGUCCUGA